CGGUAUCAACAGUUCUCUGCAAAGCAAGUUCCCAGGCUGGGAUGAGAGAUGUGACAGAGGAAGGACGGCGCCGCCGAAGAGAUGGCAACGUUGCCUCCCCCGGUACACACGGCGAGGGAGGUGGCCGCUUGCAUCGUAUGCAAAUACCGGCGCUGACGUUGGGGUCACGUGGCCGGGCGCGGGGGCUGUCUCCCCGAUGUUGCUACAUUCCGUGCUGCGAUUCAUUGUAACCAGGAGAAGCGCUACAAUGUAUCCAGGUCGGGGUGGAAGAAGCUGUUGGAGUAACUGCGUCCCAGAUUGAGAUGGCCAGGACACAUGAGUCAGAACUGCUGAGCCUGUGGCGAGAGUUGGAGGGGCCAGAGAAGAAGCUGAUAUCUCAAUUGCAGGAGGUUGAAGAGACUGCAGGAGCAGUGCAGGCCAUGUGUUUCCGUUUGGAGAAGAUCAAACAGCAGCUACCGAUCGCAGAAAUGAGGAGGAAUACGGAUUCGAUGGAUGAUGUGCUGGAUGUGUGGUAAAAUUCUGCUGUGAUGCGGCCAGACGAGAUGCUAGCGGGAGCUGACGGCAGUCAGUAAAGGCAGAGCUACCGCAACCUGAAAUUGUGCUGGACAGGCUUCCUUCAAGAGACUCUUGGCCUUCACCAAGGCCCUUGGCCAACUGCCCUCAUCUCCCAGCCACUGAUGGCUAGCAAACGGAAGUCAACAACGCCGUGCAUGGUUCGUGCCACAGACGUGAGAGAGCGAGACCCAGACUUGGAGGUCGUUGGGCAGGCUGGUGGCUCCCCGCACCAGUUGUCCGAUAGGAGCUGGCCAGCAGAGAGUGGGAUGAGUGAUGAGGAUCCGGCUUUGGAGAAAGCUGCCUUAGACAGACACCGGACCAGGAAGCUGGAAGGAGGUUACGAAUGUAAAUACUGCACCUUUGAAUCACAGGACUUGAAUGAAUUUACAGAACAUGUUGAUACCCUACAUCCGAAUGUCAUCCUCAAUCCGUUUUACGUCUGUGCAGUUUGUAACUUUACAACAAAAAGGUAUGAUACGUUUACUGAUCACAAUAGCAGGUACCAUCCAGGAGAGACCAGCUUCAAGUUAAAGUUGAUAAAGCGCAAUAACCAGACCAUUCUAGAACAAAGCCUCGACGACCCCGCGAAUGGCAGGAACGCCGAUAAAGAGGAGAUGCCUCCUGCCGGAAUCUCCAUCAGCAAAACACCCAUCAUGAAGAUGAACAAAAGCAAAGUCGACGGCAAGAGGUUAAACACGGUGUCACGAGUGAAAGAUGAAUUUGGCGCCACGCAGGAGAGCAAGGCGGAAGAGAACGCCAAUGGCCCCCUCCACGCUGGUUUGGUUGUUCCAGAGACUGUGAUCAAGGAUGGGGUAGCUCACGUGAUGCCUUCCAUACAGCCACCACCGAACUUCAACCUAAUACCCAAAGUCAUGAUUCCCAUGCACGGCUGCAAGUAUAACACCGCUAUGGACAUUAACAAGAACCUGAUAGGCUCCUUUAACAAGUUCCCCUACCCUACCCAAGCUGAACUGUCCUGGCUGACGGCAGUCUCAAAGUACCCAGAAGAGCAAAUAAAAAUGUGGUUCUCAACGCAACGCCUUAAACACGGCAUCAGCUGGGCUCCCGAAGAAGUGGAGGAAGCCAGGAAGAUGAUGUUUAACGGUACUAUCCAGACGCCAACGAUCACCGUUGUGCCGGCCGCUGCCAAAGGCAACACGCAACAUAUUGUCCAGGCGGGUGUGCCGUGCCAGUUGGUGGGGCAGACGGGUAUUGUGUUGACUCAAGUCGCAAACGGGGCAGCGGCAUCUUGCUCCCCCAUCACCUUGACUGUGGCCGGCAGCUCGAGUCAGGCCCAGUCCCAGAAGCGGGGAAUGCUCUCCUCCCAGGUGGUGGCGGAUUCAAAGCAGCAGGCGAACGUCAUCCAGGUCUGCGCCGCACAGCUGGCGUCGCAAGGCAACUCGGUCUUGUUCUCGCCGGGAAACGUGGACGUCAGCAUCAGCCGCAAGAAGACCAAGGAGCAGAUGGCGGAACUGAAAGCCAGCUUCGCGGUCAGUCAGUUCCCUGAUGACGAUGAGGUUUUCCGGCUGAUGCAAGUCACCAAGCUCUCCCGGUCGGAGAUUAAGAAGUGGUUCAGCGACAACCGUUACCGAACCCAGAAGGGACACUCGAGCCACGCCUCUGCUGAAACCACGGUCACCAUUCCCCAUGAACCUGCUCCUGGCCACGGAGCUCGCAGGUCUGGAUGGAACACAUUCUCUGACCUCGGGUCCCAUAAGUUCAAAGAGAAGAGCGCAGAGCAGCUGAAGGUGCUGGAGGAGAGCUUCCAGAACAGCUCCUUCCCGACGGACGAGGAGAAGGAUAGACUGCGGGUGGAGUCGAAGCUGACCAGGAGAGAAAUAGAUGCCUGGUUUUCUGAGCGGAGGAAACUGCGAGACUCUUUAGAAGGAGGGAUUCUAGAAAUGAGGAAAGCUGACCUGAAGCAAGAAAAUAUAAAAUCAGAGAUAGCCGAAACCGUCCACAUCAAAAUGUCGCAAUCUGCUGCACACUACCUAUCCAAGUCUGGGACUCCCCCUCCAAGUGGAGCACAGCAACAUAUUAAAACCACCAGUCCGAUUGAUAGGACUCAUAAAAAGAGCCAGGAACAGUUACAUAUCCUGAAGAGUGCAUUUGCACGCACUCAGUGGCCAUCUGUGGAGCAGUAUGACACGUUAGUGGUGCAGACCGGACUGCCUCGAAAUGACAUAGUGCGUUGGUUCGGCGACAACAGAUAUGCAAUUAAAAAUGGCAAUUUAAAAUGGCUUGACCAUUACCAAAGAGCGAAUUCAGAUGGUCACAAUGGGCAGAGUAGCUUCAAUGGCAGUGGGGCGCGGGGCAGCAGAGCGCUCAAGAUGGCCGGUGCUUGGAGCAGAGCGGCGCACUCGACGCAAAGCCGGAGCGGUAAGUCGGUCCUGUUGCAGUAUUACGUGCAGCACAGGCAGCUGAAGGAAGAGGACCUGGAUGAGUUGGUGUCAAAGUCCAACAUGAGCUAUGAGCAGGUGAGGGACUGGUUCGCGGAAAAGCAAACGGAAGACGCUAUGGACACGUCCGAGAGCAACAGCAGAGAUGGGCAAUGCAGCGAGGAGGAUGAGCACGAGGACUGGACUAUGGUGGACGAUAUAAGUGAGAAAGAUGACUAUGUCCUGUCUGAGUACACUGGCAACUGGGCUCGUGCGUCACGGUGCAGCUCGACUGGGUUUAAUGAACUGGAUUCAGAAAGCAUGUCUGCCGAGAAUUCGAACAUAUAGCUAAGAAAACCAAAUGAGAACAAAACUGACGCACAUAGCAACGUGUCUAAAGAAAACUACAACUACCAUUUCUAUUCUCUGUGAUGCAAAGAAAGUAACUGAGGCUUUGUCUCGCGCUCUAUAUUGUGUGAAACAGCAAAGAGAGACAGAAUGAAAGACUGACUUACUGUACAAGUAUCUUUCUGAAAGUGAGAGAUUCAAUUCUAUCCACAGUGCCAAAGUUUUACUACUACUGCAAUCAAAAGGGUCUUUGUAAAUAUCUUUUUUCUGUUUUUGAACAGAUUUGUACAAUUUAGCAAUUUUAUUACAUUUAUAAUUGGUGAGAGUUAACUUUACAGAUCAGGGUCUGUUCUUUGCGCCCUCUUGUUUUUUUUAGAUUUAGUAACCACUAUCAGGCUCUUGUUUUGGCAUCUUUUACUGUCACUAUUUCACAACUAGAAGUAAAUAAUAAAAAGAAGUCUGGACCUCCAGCUCAAGGAGGACUGAGAGACUGAAUCUUUUGACAUCUUUUGAUCUCUGACGUACAAAAUGGCAGGAAGAAAAUAUUUAACAAGCACAUUAUUGUUAGCAGCUUUUUAUUGUAAGAGGCUACAUUUAUAAUGGAAUGCAAACUGCUCUAGCCAGCUUCACUCAGCUAGAGAUGUGCAAUAUUGACUUAUUUAUGUCAGUAUGAUAUCAUUAAAGUUGCAGUAACUUGUUUCCUAUCUUUUGCAAAAUUGCAUAUUCAGAUAAUAAACUGUGUUGUCCCCGGUUUGCAUUUUUGUUGUCAUUCUAGUCGCUUUCAAAAGUUUGGAGACUUGUUGACAGUGUCUGAGUGAGAUUUUUGGAGUUGGUCUGAUGGGUUUAUGCUGUUAACAGCUGCUGAAUGGCACACAUCUGACUUUGUGAUCUCCCAUAAGACCUCAACUUGCAUCUCAAUUAUGAAUUCAGAUUCUAUCCUGAUUAUUGUCUAGGAUCACUGCAAGAUAAGAGACUGCUCAUUCCAAACAGAUGCCAAAUAAAUUUCUUUUCACAGAAGUUAGUGAAUCUCUGGAAUUCUUCAUCCCAGAGGGUGUGGUGGCCAGAUCACAGAGGUUUUUAAGGUAGAGGCAGCUGAAUUUUUGAAAGGCGAGGGAAAUGCCACAGAAGAGGAGUUGUGAACGGUGUUAAUCAACCAUCAUCAUCAAAUUGAGUGAUGGGGCAGGCUUGAGAGGCUUAAUUUGCCUGUUCUCUAUAAUUCUAUUAAAACUCAUUCAAGGUGUUAGUCAUGAAUUCAAUCUCCAUCCUGGUUAUUGUCUGAUUAAGUAACAUUGCAAAGGGAAAGUAAUCACAUUUCAAUCAAGAACUCUAAACAGCCACUUGCAAGGGGUGGCUUUUUGCAGUCAGAGUAUUACAGCAAUGAAACAAGCUCUUUGGCCCAUCUAGCCUAUGUUGACCUGAUCUUCUACCUAGUCCCAUCUACCUGCACCUGGAUCAUAUUGCAACGAACUCCUCCCAUCCAUGUACCUUUACAAACUUCUCUUAAUUAUCAAUUGAACCCACAUCUACCUUUCCAAUGGCUGCUCAUUCUACAUCCACACCGCCCCCUCAAGUGAUGUGAAGAAGUUCUGCUCAGACUCCCCUUAAACUUUUAACUUUUCACUCUAAACCAAUUACCUCUAAUUCUAGUCUCUGCCAACCUGAGGGGAAAAUGCCUGCAUGUAUGCACCAUAUCAAUAUUACUGGCUAAUUUUGUACACAUCCACAAGAUUUCCUCUCAUUUUCCUGCACUCCUUUUCAACCUUACCCUAAAUCUUGCACUCAAGUCAUAGCAACAUCCAUGUAAAUGUUCUCUGCAUUCUUUCAAGCUUAUUGAUAGUUUCCUGUAAGUAGGUGAUCGGAACUGUAUAUCAUACUCUUAAAUUUGGCCUCAACAGUGCCACGUACAACUCCAACAUAACAUCCUACCUUCUGUACUCAGUGUCCUGAUUUAUGAAGGCCAACGUGCUAGAAGCUCUUUACAAUCCUACCUACCUAUGAUGCAGCUUAGAAGAAUCGUGGACCUGCAUUCCCAGGUCCCUUUGUUCUACAACAGAGCUCAGAGCCUAUCAUGCACUAUGCAAGUCUUACCCUGGUUUGUGUCCCAAAGUGCAACACAUUAUACUUUCUGCAUUAAAGUCCAUCUUGCCUUUUUUUUUCAGCUCAUUUCCCUAGCUGGUCCAGAUCACACUUCAGGCUUUGAUGGACUUCCUUGCUGUCCACUGUACCCCUAAGGGACUGGUUUAAUUGGAGUGUGGGAUUAAUUGCAAAAAAAAAGAAAAGCAUUAUGGCUUGUAUUUAAAAAUUGGACUGUUGAGAGUUAUAAGUUACACUGGAAAAAUGAUCCUACCACUUUUAAAAUUGCUAAGUUACAGUUAAAUAUGUGAAAAUAAUAUAGCCUAAUACAUCAAAGAACAAUGAAUGUGAUUACACUGAUUUAAUAACAAACUGCUAGUGGCUCCAAAUAGUUAUAUUUAAUAGAAUGUCACUUAAUUUAUUAUGCAUAUUAAAUCUGCAUGUGUUUUAUUAACAACCAUCCCAGCU